UUUUGAAAUUUUCUGGGGGAUUCUGAAAUAUGGGGAAGACUGGAUUGUUCGACCUUGAGAAGCACUUCGCUUUCUAUGGAGCUUAUCACAGCAAUCCGAUCAACAUAGCGAUACAUAUGAUCUUCGUCUGGCCCAUCUUUUUCACAGCUCUGUUGAUCCUCUAUUUCACGCCGUCGAUUUUCAACGUGGAGCUUUCACUGUUUGGGAGCAGCCAUGUCGUUCUGGCUUUCAACGUCGGCUUCUUGCUGACUUUGAUCUAUUCGCUGUUCUACUUCUUCCUUGAUGCUAAAGCUGGUUCCUUGGCUGCUCUGCUUUGCUUCAUUUGCUGGGUCGGCAGUAGCUUCCUUGCGUGUCGACUCGGGUUUUCGCUUGCUUGGAAGGUUGUUCUGGUGGCUCAGAUAGUGUGUUGGACUGGACAGUUUAUUGGCCAUGGGGUCUUUGAGAAAAGGGCACCGGCUUUGUUGGACAACCUUGCGCAGGCGUUUAUAAUGGCUCCUUUCUUUGUUUUGUUAGAGGCUCUGCAAAGCUUCUUUGAUUAUGAACCGUAUCCGGGGUUUCAUGCAAUAGUUCAGGCGAAAGUUGAUGCUGAAAUUACUGACUGGAAAGAUAAGAAGCAGAGACUGGUAUCAUAGUCUGCAUUUGGAUUUGUGUUUCAGUGAUGUGUAUUUUACUGUUGUUUCAGUGGUGUGAAAUAUGCUCUUAUAUCUGAGAAUAGGAAAAACCAUAGUACUUCUAUCCAUGUAUACUGUAUACCUGUUUUGAUUUGAAGUUUUGUAAAUUGAAUAUAUUACAUGAAUGGAAAAGGACCAUGUUUUCUGAUAAC